AUGCACCGGAGCGCGCACACAUGGUGUACAUCUUGCUGCGCCUCGAUUCUGCAGGAGGAUGAUGAGGCGCUGCGCGCGGCGCUCGGGCCGGCGGGCGCGGCGCUGCUCGCCAACGAGGGCGAGGGCGACGACGAGCGCGAGGGCGCCGUCUCCCCGUCGCAGUACUCUUACGAGACGCUCGUGCGCUUGGGCGCGUCUCCCCCGCACACACUCCCCCCAUACCACACGCCCCACUCGCCCAGCGAGGCGCUUGGUGAGGUGUCUCGAGGGGCGAGCGCGAAUGCGGUGGGGUCGCUGCGGACGUUGAGCUUGUGCGAGGCGCGGGCCGACAGCGGGGUGCGGCUCGGCGAGAAGUGCUCGAUUUGCUGCAUGGAGUGGGAGGAGGGCGACUCGCUGCGCGUGCUGCCGUGCGGGCACGCCGAGCACGUGGAGUGCUUGGGCGAGUGGCUCAAGCGCUCGAAGGCGUGUCCGCUGUGCGCCAAAGAGAUUCCAGCCGAGUGA